UUAAUGUAUUGCUGUCUACAGAGAUGCUGAACAGAGUGGUAGGUCUAUUCAUCAAUGAUAUGAUGUAAAAUAGGAACAGAUUGCCAGAAUGGCUUCAAUUGGACAAAUAAUCUUUGGAAGUAUGAUUUUUCUCAUAGUAGUAAUCUCUGGACUCAUCAUUUUCAUUUUGGCCAUUGCUUUUUCAGUGUCCCAAGGUACCGUUGAGAGCAGUAGUCCCUCUAUUGUGGGUAAUCUUGGGCAGGAUGUGGUCAUGUACUGCAGGUUCCUCACCAACAAUGGCAAUGGACAAUAUGAUGAUGUGUCAAUCACUUGGCAAAAAGAUGGUCUCAGUGGGGUGGUCUAUGAAUACAAGAAAAAAGCAGCCCAACUUCAGGGGCAGAACGUCCAGUUCAGAAACAGGGUUCAACUUUUCCCAGAUGUUAUAUAUACAGGCAACGCUUCCCUACUCCUGAGAAGUGUGAGGUGGGAGGAUGUUGGUGUGUAUCGCUGUAGUGUCAGUGCACCAAAAAUCUCCGGGACUACCAGCAUUGACCUUAAAGUGGCUGCUUUCUCAGCUCCCACAUUUACCCGACAGAAAGAAGGGUCUCUGACUGCUGAGGCUCAAAGAUGGUUUCCACAGCCAAAUGUUAGCUGGUUAAGUCAGAGCGGGGAGCUGUUGAACAGCAGCACCCAAUAUAGCAACAACUCUGCUGAUAUCAAGCAAGUUGUGAGUGUCUAUGAAGGCCCAGUAAAAGCUGAUGACACCUACACCUGUCUUAUCCAGAACAGUCUAGUGAAGGCUGUCUCGGAGGCAACUGUAACAGGAAAUGGAGUGACAGGGAAGACAUACUUCAUUUUUAAUGCUGCAUCUACAAAAGUGUCAAAUUUUCAACUACUGUUGACAGUCAUCCUCAUUCUUUCUGUGAUCCAAAAGACAUGAUGAACUUUCUUAUGGUUGGUUAAUAGAUAAGUGAACCACUGUCAAGUUGAUAUUCUCUCUGUUAAAUAAAUGGA